GCCUCCUCCUCCUCCUCCUCCUCUUUCCCCCGCUGUGGGGGCGCCUCGCUUUCCGGGGGGGCCGCUCUCUCUCCUCUUUCUCGCUCUACCCUGCUUGCGCGCGCAGCUUUCUCCCUGUCCCCUCCCCCUUGCCGCGCCGCCUGCUGGUCCCGCGCGCGCGACCGAGCGAGCACCGAGCUUCCCUCAGAGCAGCGGCGGCGCCAUGGCGGCGGAGGAGCGCGGGGACGAGGAGAUGAGCGCGGCGGAGGCGGCGGCCGCGGCGGCCGCGGAGGGCCUCGACAUCACCGCCAAGUGCGACGGCGGCGUCCUCAAGGUGGUCAAGAAAGAAGGGACGGGCACCGAAUGCCCUAUGAUAGGGGACAAAGUCACUGUCCACUACACCGGAUGGCUUCUGGAUGGCUCCAAGUUUGACUCCAGCCGGGACCGAAAGGACAAGUUCUCCUUCGAUUUUGGAAAAGGUGAGGUGAUCAAAGCGUGGGACAUCGCUGUGGGAACCAUGAAGAUUGGGGAACUUUGCCACAUUGUCUGCAAACCGGAAUAUGCCUACGGCUCUGCCGGCAGCCCCCCUAAGAUACCCGCUAACGCCACCUUGUUUUUUGAGGUAGAACUGUUUGAGUUCAAGGGAAAGGACUUGACCGAUGAUGAAGACGGGGGAAUAAUUCGGCGGAUCCGAAAGAAAGGAGAAGGCUAUUCCAAACCCAACGAGGGAGCCUUGGUAGAGGUUGAAAUUGAAGGUCGGCAUGGAGACCGCGUCUUUGACAAACGGGAGUUACGGUUUGAAGUAGGAGAGGCAGAGAACUAUGACCUCCCUCCAGGCGUGGACAAAACAUUACAGAAAAUGGAGAAGCUGGAAGAGGCUGUGGUUUACCUCAAGCCCAGCUACGGCUUUGGAAGUGUUGGGAAACCAAAGUUUCAAAUCCCGCCAGAUGCCGACUUGCAAUACGAAAUCAAACUCAAAAACUUUGAAAAGGCAAAAGAGCCCUGGGAGAUGAACACCCAAGAGAAGCUGGAACAAGGCACCAUUGCAAAAGAAAAAGGCACCCAGUAUUUCAAAGAGGGGAAAUACAAGCGAGCCACGUUACAGUAUAAGAAAACCGUAUCGUGGCUGGAGCAUGAAACCGGCCUGUCGGAUAUGGAGAAAGCCCAAUCCAGGAACCUGAGGCUCGCCGCCCAUCUCAACCUGGCCAUGUGCCAUUUAAAGCUGAAAGAGUAUUCUCAGGUCUUGGAAAACUGCAAUAAGGCCCUGGAAUUGGACAGCAACAACGAGAAGGGCCUCUUCCGGCGAGGCGAGGCGAGGCUGGCCGUCAACGACUUCGAGUUAGCCCGGGCCGAUUUCCAGAAGGUGCUACAGCUCUACCCAAGUAACAAAGCGGCCAAAGCCCAGCUCCUCAUCUCCCAGCAGAAGAUCCGCCAGCAGCACGAAAGGGAGAAAAAAAUGUACGCCAACAUGUUCCAGAGAUUGGCAGACAAAGAAACAAAGGUGGAAGCUGACGCAGGAUGCAAAGAAGAGGCGGACCUGAAAGACGGCAAACAGAAUGGGGUGGAGGAAAAAACAGAAGUCGACAUAGAAAUUUGAGGCUUGAAAGUUGACCCGUUUAGUUUUCUAAAACUGAAGAAUUUCCAGUGAACUAGACCUUUAUUUUUCUAUCUUGAUUCGGUAAGGGGCAACGGCUGGGGGGCUGUUUAGUGUCUCUUUAAUAGGAAACGGUGGCAGAACACAGAACCAAGUAACGUUUGAUGUAUUAUUUAUUCGGACAUGCAUCCUUUACUCUGUCGUUGUUGAGCUUGAAAAGUUCUGUUAGGGUCCCUUCUUUCGGUUUCCUCAUCUCCCUGGCAUCCUUCUCAGGUUCCAGCUUGGCCUAAUCAAAUCCCAUUUUAUUCCCCCUUCUUUACUUCCCCCACCCCAUUUUUAAAGAAAGUUUUAUCUGCACAUGCACACAGCUAUUGCAUGAGAGGCCUAAAACGCAAAAGAAUUCCCUUUUCUGCUGCAGCCUAACAUUCUCACUUCGGGUCUUGUCGCCACGGAUGCUCAUCUGUUCCAGGCCAGGGGUGGCCACUUUUCUUGUUAAGGGCUCCUCUUCCUGCAGGAGAGGGAAAAACAACAACAACCCCAAAACUUGAGCAGUAAACUGUGAAGUCUGGAGGCUGGUAGUAGCCCUCGGACUGUUAAGUGCAGAUAUUCCUCCUCCCCGAUUUUCACUCGACAUCAGCAACGCCAGAGAUACGAGUUCGAUAAAUGACUUUCCGCCAAGGGCAUCCACCAGCAGGGGGUUUGGAAUAAAAGAGGAAAUAUCAAAGGGCAGACAAACAACAUCUGGCCAGACAUGGCUGUGACCUUAGCCAUGUUUGGAAGGAGGCCACCCACAUGCCCUAAGCCUCCACAAACACCUGCCAGUUGGAGACCAUCCUUCUACACCGGGGGGGUCUCCAACCUUGGUCCCUUUAAGACUUGUGGACUUCAACUCCCAGAGUUCCUCAGCCAGCUUUGCUUUCCACAAAUCUUAAAGGGACCAAGGUUGGAGACCCCUGUUCUACAGCAACCCAGUGGGAUCUGCAGCGGGGUCAGAAAUUCGUGUCCUGCGGGGACUUCCCUAUUCCCCCCAACCUUCAUUUAGCACAGAAAGUCGUAACUGAGAUAGAUCAGCUAUUCCCACUAGGACAUGUUGCCUAGCUACGUUUCCACAAUUCCUGCCCACAGCUUGCGCCAACAGGUUUUGCUGAAAAGCCCACUUGUUCAGCCAGGUGGGAGAAAGGAAGGUCAGAAGUCCAGCAGCUCAAGAAGUCAUGGGCGGGGGUGGGGGAGAGGAAAUUACUCGUCGGAAUAAAAGCCUAAUGCAGGUCAAGGAACGGAUCACGGAGAUCUGAUCGACGGGCGGGAAAGCAGGACCAGGAUUUAAGCUUCCACCUCAAUUGGACUCGCUUGGAAAAAUGGGAUAUUCAUGCCUCGGAUAAUUUGGAAGGAGGACGUCAAACCUUGAGAGCAUGGUACCGUGCGCAGCAUUUAAGGCACUUUGUGAGCCUGUGCUUGGAUGAGUUUUGAAGGACGUCUUCCAAGUUAUCAUUCCUCUUGUCUUUUGUUACUUUUGUGGUGAGCUCUCUGGCUUGUGACCUCGGAAUACAUGGCAGCCCACCCGUGCAUUUUAGAAGCCGUUAGGGCCAAGGCAGAUGUGGAUAGGCAGACCCGAGGCUGUGUGCAUUAAGGGCUGAUGACUUCUGAAAGAAAAGCGAACAUGCGCGGAGUCAUUUCAUAAUUGGCUUUUUAAAACAAUUAAUGCAACCCUGCUGUUUUUUGCCCGUUAUGCAGAUUAAAACUGUAUAAUCUCU